GCUUGCUGGACUAGAUCGUCGGGAACCUUCCCUGCUUCCGAUACUUCUGCCAGUGCUAAUAUGUCCCACAUCACCUUCACUGGGACCGCCAUGUCCGUUAUCACGAGACAUACGUGCGUCCCCACUGAUCCCACGCGCAGCCAACAACUCAUCAUACCAACGUGGAGUAUCUCAGAUGGAGAGAGAAUGCUUGGAGAGGCAGCAUGUGUCCGGGUGCUGGCAGGUCUGGUAGAGGUGCUCUGUGCAGCCUGUGACUAUGCACAUGAUCGCUGUGCUAAGUUGUUGCAUGCCAGAUCAAGAGAACAUGGCUUGGAUAAGAUGACUGCUAGUGAGUUCCUAACACUUUCCCGUAUCAUUGAGGACUUUGUGGCUGACACAGAGAAGGUGUGUGGCCGCAAGAGUACUUCCUUUAGAAUGGGACUUCAGGGACAGGCUACCCGAUUUGUUGGGCGUUUCCAUGAAGAGCGAGAUGCACGAUACAAACUGAACAUGAACAAUGAAAGAUGGCGGGCUGUCUAUGCUCCUCCUGAUUUGCAGCGUCUUCUUGACCACAUCUCAACCACAGACACACUAGUCACUCCACCAGCAGCUCAGCCUAAUGGAGACUACCCAAAAAGCAAUACCAUUUCCACCACUACCAUUACUAAUAACAACAAUAGUCCUACCAUCACCACCACAAAUGGUGUCACUGAGCACAGUGAAACAAAUGACAGUAGUAAUAGUGGUGGAGGAGGUGGAGGUGGAGGAGGAGGAGGAGUAUGUGGUGGAGUAAUGGUUGGAGGUGAAGAGUAUAUGGUGGUGGGGGUUUGCGUGGUGGUGGUACGGCUGGUGGUAGAGUACAGUGAGUGUGCUGCCACCCUUCGCUUGGCAGCCCUGCAGCUCCUGACACGUCUCACUGACCUACUAAGAAGAUUCAACACUGACACCUGCAGGUCCGCGCGUCUAGCAAGGCUGCGCUCCGUCUUCCGCUGUCCUCCAUCCUUUCAUCUGUGGGCUGGUCCAGGAGUCUACCUUGAAGUUUUAUGGGAGGCCAAUUAG